CUGCCGCUCUUUGAGUAAACACGGAAGUUGCUGUACCGGAAUCGCGUUGUGUUGGCGUGUACUGUCACAAUCACGGGGCAUUUGUUCUUCGUCUCACCUUAAAAAUUAUCUGAAGGCAUGAUGCGUUUAACAUCUCUGUGUGUUUUUUUGAUCUGCUUUUUUGUGGUGGUCAUCGGCCGUCCACCUGGAGAUGAAACAAAUGAUCAAGAAAAUAGUACUGAGGGAACUACUACACUCGCCCCACAAGCAAAUGUGGAUAAUCUGCAAGACGAUGAAAAAAGCGUCACAGUUCCCAAAGACCCAUCAAAAGAUAACAGCACUCUACAGGAUACAGACAAAAUUAAUAUAGCAACUGAGGUACCGCAGGCCUCAAAACCUGCUGACAAUAAAAACGUAACUGUAGAGAUAAAGAAUCCUGAAAAUGUUCCAGAGGAAUCGGGUAUUAAAAAAAUAAAUAAAACAGAAAACCCUGCAGAAGGUCAGGACAGCCAGGCGGACGUUGAGGACACCGAGACUCAUGCAGCGAGUAAAAACCCCAAUAAAAUUGAAGAGACGGCUAAUCAGGAUGGUCCAACAACCGAUCAGGAUAAUAAGAAGCCCAAUCAGGAUGAUGAAACGGGCGAUCAGGGUGAUGAAACGGUCAAUCAGGGUGAUGAGACGACCGACCAGGAUAUUGAGAUGAAUGACCAGGAUGGUAAGAAGCUGAACACUCAGGACUCUGAGGAGGAAGAAGAUGAAGAAACAGAAACUGAUAAUCAAGGAGAAGUAGGAGAUAAAAACGGAGGACCCUCUGACAAUAGCCCGGAUGAAGAUGAAUAUGAAACUAUUAAUCAACCAGACGCGUCCAACCCCAAAAAAGGGAUUGAAAAAAACAAACACUACAAUAAGAUAGAGGAGAACGCAGAGAGCAGCCACUUCUUUGCCUAUCUUGUCUGUGCUGUCAUAGUGGUGGCCAUACUCUACAUCGCCAAUCACAACAGGCGCAAGAUCAUCGCUUUUGUUGUUGAGGGCCGAAGAGCACGAGGAUACCGGAGACCAAAAACAUCUGGUUACCAAAAACUCGAUCAGAAUUGAGAAAGUCCAGUCACAGUUUGUUGGAGGAAUCGAAUGAAUAACUGUGACCUUGAGAAUCUUGAAAUGAUCCAUCAUCAGGCAAACAUCACCACACCAAUUAUCAUUAACUCCUACUGUUUAUAACCUAACGUUAUAUUAAUAAUGAUCAUAACUGUUCAGGACAUGUCCCUGCCGACAGGUACAGUAUGUUGAAAAUGAAGUCUGUUAUAGUUCUCUGAGUCUUUAGGCUUUUAUGAUCUUCAUUUGAGUUUGAAGUGCUACACAAACACAACGUUUGCUAUAUUGGUACAUGUUGGUGUUUAGUUACAUAGUCUGUUUUUCUGUUCAUUUGAGUAUUGUUGGUAGGUUGCGUUGUUUUCUGUGUAUCGUUUUAUUUAAAUCUAUUUCUAGAGUAACAGAGAAGGAAACAAUCUGUAUAUAUUUGAUGGGAUAUCUGUGUUUCUUUUUCAUGACUAAGAAAGUUGUUUUAGGGAAAUGAAUGAAGUUUUGAGGGUGUGAUUGACGUUUUAAUUAUUAUUAAUUAUUCAGAGGGUUGGUUUGUUUUUGUGUUAACUGAGCUUAUAAAGAUGUUAAUGAUUAAAAGUCAAUAAUAGGAAUGCACUUUCUACCUGUGUAGAAUAGGAGCAGCUGGUCUUUUCUGGCUUUGAUGGGAUUUGACAUGAUGCACAUUAUAAUGUGUUUUUGUUAUGAAACAUAAUUUUUGAUUAAUUUAUUGGUCUAUAAAUGCUGUGUUUAUUUUACCUCUGUUGGCCCAGCCUUAGCUAUCCAAUUUGUGAAUUGUGAAACCAGUAGUGCCAAAUGUAGACAGUUUUCAGGAAAUAUAUUCUGAUUUAAGAGUUGGAUGGUUAUGCAGACCCCUAAAUCAAAAAUGAAGAUGAUCAAGUGUAUUUAAUUUACUCUGUGCCAUGUCAUAAACAUGUCUUGUCCAUUGCAUGAACACUUUAUUGAGCAUGUACUGUAUUACCAGUCCUGCUUUAUUCACUAUGAAGGCUGUGUGUGGUAUUCGGCUUUACAUAAAAAUUCUUGAAAUCCUGGAUAUAAUUUGAAUUGUAAUGUGGUUUAAAAAUAUCUGUAAGGUUUAUGUACUGUGGUCUGUCUUUAAACACUAUUGCAGCUUUUGCACAUGGGAGUAAAGUUUUGAAUUUUUCCUCUGA